AUGGGUACAGAGAAUAUUCAGAAUCACAUAGGAAUGCAGGGUCGUAAAUGCCAUAGCUGCCAGCAAUGUUGCAAUGAAGCAGAGAAAAUAAACCGCAACACAUUAAUGGGACACGUGUUUGAAAUUGCGUCCAGAAGUCGUCUGGCAGGUUUGCCAGUGGCACUAAAUGGAAUUCCUUACAUUCUGGAAGAUUUCCUAUAUGUCGCGUAUACUCUCGCCAGCUACAUGAUUCGAGCGAUGAGGUCUUCAACUGAAGAAAUGGGCGUUUCGUACACCAAACUCUUCAUGUCAAGAAGAAGUCCGGUGAUCUGGAAGGGCAAUGAACCGGGCCACCACGAGGCCAUCACUGUCCAAAUGUUAUUACAUCGAGAUGGCGCUACCGUUGAAUCUGUGAUAAUCGCAUCGCCAUCGGGCCCUGUAUUUGAAGGAUCGGAGGCCACUUUGGAAUGCACAGCUACAGGCGGCCCAGCCAAAACGGAAAUGAUAAAAUGGCGGAUAAAGGCUGGAUCGACGAGAAAUAGCCACCCGACCCACGAUAGCACCAAAUCGAUUCUUCAUAUCUCCAAUGUCUCCAGGGAUCUAAGAGGUCCUGUGGAAUGUUGGGCUGACAACGGCAUUGGAGGCCCGUCCGUUCUAUCAGUGACCCUCAAUGUUCUCUUUAAACCAACGAUCAUUCGAAGUGGAGGGGAGUUGGAGAAAGCAGUUGGACGAAUGAAAUGUGUAGCAGAAGGAGCUCCAAAUGUAACUAUAAUGUGGACGUUUAAUGGGACGAUUCUUCGAAUGACUGGUGAUAAAUACAGUGCGUCUCUCACUUCGCAACAUGAGGUCCAGUGGACAUCCAUACUUAUUGUGCGCGAUGUUGACGAAGGGGACUAUGGUAUAUAUACGUGUACUGCAAAAAAUCCUCUUGGAUAUGACUCUGCAGAUAUCAUACUCAGCGAUAAAGGUGUGAUACCAGACGCAGCCACAACUGCGAUAACUUCCAAGGACUCCCCCAGCCGAUUGCAGGGUCUCAAAUCGUGGUGGAUUAUAGCUACGGCCGGAAUAGUGCUGAUAGUUCUCCUCUGUUGCCUUCUCUUCAUCUGCUGUUUGCGAAAGAGAUCUAACAGAACGACUCCCGAGA